UACAGGCAGACUUCAAACAUUACGGUUUUAUCACUCAUGAAAUACUGAAGUCCGUCGGGAUUAAAAUAAAACAGAAAUAUGAGGGCGGUCAUUGUGUAUUUUAUUUUUCUGACCACAAUUUGUGCUGCAAGGGAAACACUACGAGAUGAAAUAAAUCAGAAUAAAUCAGUCGAAGAGAAAUUCAUGGAAACAGUGAGCGUUGAAGAAGGUUUGGAUUUCGCACCAGGAAUGGUAUCUCAAAAAUGCCUCCUCUGUAUGUGUAAGUUGGAGUCCGGAGGAUGUAAGCCAAUAGGUUGUCAAAUGGAUGUAAGAUCUCUGGCGUGUGGUUACUUCCAGAUUAAGCAACGCUAUUGGAUAGACUGCGGUAAACCAGGUAUAGACUGGAAAUCCUGCUCGAACGACAUAAACUGCUCAUCCAAGUGUGUCCAGCAAUACAUGAAAAGAUACGCCACCCACUACCGUUGCCCCCUUAAUUGUGAGGGCUUCGCUCGAGAACACAAUGGUGGACCUAAUGGCUGUCAUAGCAGUAGUACCUUGAAUUACUGGCAACAACUACAGACAAUCCCCGGAUGUAAAGGGGUGAAUUAAUCGUAAUUGCUUACAACUAUAAUGAGUUGAUAGAGAUCAUCUAUUUGGACACUAAAAGCCUUUAUAAGCUGUACUAAAUAAAGUUUUAUGCAUUUAUAUAUCUAUUUCUUUCAAAUGUCCGUCCAUGUGCAUUCGAUGUUUAUAGAAAAUAAAAUGUCAUAUUUCA